UGCUGAUGACAUCGUGACUGCGACGAGCGACUUUCGUUCGCGAGACAAUGCACGAGCGACCUCUUAAUCGGGUAAAGUAAUUGGGUUAGAUUACUUGAGAAAUGAUGAAUACAUCUAUUAAGUGACAUAAUAUCAUGAAGCUAGAACAGGCAUUGUGCUGUGGAAAUACAGUGACAGGAUUCCACGAAUAAGGUAACAUUUUGCGCUAGCGAAUAUAGCCUACUGCAUGUAGUAUGGUUAUUAUAGGCUAUAUUACGAGAUACGUUUCCCACAUUAGAAAAUACUAGUAGGCUAUUACUAGAUACUAUAGUGUGUUUGAACAUUACUAUAGUAAAUACUUUAGUAGGCUAUACUUAUACUUUAUAGACACUAGUGUAGCACAAUUUACUACAGUUUAUUAUAGGCUAGAACAUAUUAAAGUAAACUCCAUUAGCAGGUUGGCAACAAUAAUACUUGCAAUGUGUAGAACUGAGGCUAAUGGAUCAAGUCUGCACCUUGAAGGAUUUGGGAUUUUUCUUAAACUGUCAAGAGAGUUUGAUAGAAAGCUACCUGUCCAACCUGUCUAAAACCAGUCAUUCAGUAUCAACACAUUCAAAACAACUUGUAUGAUGACAAGUAGGCCUAGACUCAACCUCAGACCUCUGUUGCUUAAUUCUUUCCGGAGCUUAUCUUUUUUAGCCUUGCAUUUGGUAUUUUUUAAGAAAAAAAGUCUCUGGCUGUCCAUUCAGUAGGCCUACUUGAGUUUCUUUUGCUUCUGAAGCAAAAAGUCAAGUCAAGAGCUUUGGUCUAAUGUAACCGGUUUGUUAAUAGCUCAUGCCCCUUUUCUAGUUUUGAAUUGCAAAUUGCCUCUUGCUUAAUAUUCCCUUAUUGUACAAUUGAUGUAAUGCAAUGUUGUACUAAAGGAAGCAUUACUUGUGUCCUACCGUUAUAGCAGCAACAAAAAAUGUUAUGUGGCCCAAACUUUACCUCCGGUAGACCUCAGCAAAAAAUCAAUAACUGUUAAGUAGUUUUAAAUUAAUUUAAUAUAAAGAAUACACUAAAAUAUAAAUUAAUUAUAAUCUAAAAUAAAUAGUUAUAUUAUAACCAAACACAGACCGGGAGUUAACUUUGGGCCAGGUGUGUAUCUGAUGAAACUCUAUUGAAAGUGCACAGGGAUAUUAAAUGAAAUUCUGGGCCCUAGAUGUUUAUUACCUGGAUCUAGUCCCAUCACCCACAUACCCUAUAGGCCUGAACUCCUUUGAACCUUUAGGCCACUAGAUUUGUUCCUAUCCACUAUUAUCUUUGGCCCUAUAGCUCUGUCCUUGACCUGAGAUUGGCUGUGAGAUUAGAACGAUGGUCAUUAUGUUAAUUUUUAACAUGCAGACUUUGUAUCUUGUCUAUAGGCAAUAGGGCAACAUAGUUAGAUAGGCAAAACAGUCUAGGCAAACAUAAGGCAAUAGUUAGAUAUGUCUAACAUAUACAAAGACUACAUCUUUGAUGCCAUGGUCAAGCAUUGCAUAUACUGUAGAUGCAUUACAAAUGUCAGUAGUUUGAGUUUGGCUAGGGUAUUGUGUGCUUUGUGUUGUUGUAGAUUAUAAACUGAGAUGAGGGGAAUGUAAAAAGUGGACAAAAGGCAUAAUCAACCCACAAAACAGACCAGGUGGAUGAGUGGACAUUUACAAAAGACGCUAAUGAAAGUAAUUUACCCUACACUGCUUGUUACUAUAGUGACGCGUUCUCCAACUAUAGGGCGGGAACUAUAUAAAGCGGACUUCCCUUCAGGCUAUCUUCCGAACAGGACAGAGAUGAGUUUGCCAUUGUCGCUUGUUUUGAGAAGUGUGUGACGUUAACAUCGUGUCACCUGGACUUCACCCUCGCGCUGGACUUCAGCUGCCUCUCUCCUGUAUUACGUUCGCAGAGCUCUAGGAUCUAGGUGAACCAACUAGCAUCGCUGACGGAACCUAUUUCACACAUUAACGGGAGAGGACUGACGACGAGCGAAAUGUCGAAAGAAAAGUUAACUUAUGUGAUAACCGGAGGUUGCGGUUUUCUCGGACAGCACCUUUUACGAGUUUUGUUGGAGAAGGAAGAAUAUAUUAAGGAGAUUAGACUUUUUGACAAACACAUUUGCCCCGAUCUGCAGAGUCACAGCACAGAGCAUGUGAAGGUGGUGUUGGUGCAGGGAGAAAUAACAGAUUAUGUCGGCGUGCGAGAUGCCCUUCAGGGAGCCGACCUGGUCAUCCAUGCAGCUAGUCUGGUUGACGUAUGGUACAGAGUUCCUGAGAAGACUAUUUAUGCUGUCAAUGUACAAGGGACGGAGAAUGUUAUAAAUGCCUGCGUAGAAAUUGGUAUUCAGUAUUUGAUCUAUACAAGCUCCAUGGAGGUGGUUGGUCCGAACAUAAAAGGAGAUACAUUUAUCAGAGGGGAUGAAGAUACUCCAUAUAAUGUAUUUCAUGAGAUGGCCUACCCCAGAUCCAAAGCUAAAGCAGAAAAAAUGGUGCUGGAGGCCAGUGGAACAAAGGUAAAUGGGGGGGGUACUCUCUACACAUGCUCUCUGCGACCAACAGGCAUCUAUGGGGAACAACAUCAGUUAAUGAAGGAGUUUUACACAAAUGGGGUUCGUACAGGUGGUUGGAUGAUCAGGGGAGUUCCACCGGAAACAGAACACGGCCGAGUCUACGCAGGUAAUGUUGCGUGGAUGCACUUACUCGCAGCACGUGCUCUACGAGAGCGCCCUGAAAGGCUGGGUGGAGAAGUUUAUUACUGCUAUGACGACUCACCGUAUAAAAGCUAUGAAGACUUUAACAUGCAGUUCCUGUCGACCUUCAAUUUUCGGAUGUUGCGCGUGCCGGUUUGGGUGAUGUGGUUCAUAGCGUGCAUGAACGACUGGCUACACUGGCUCCUUAAGCCAUUUUACAACUACACACCACUGCUCAACUCCUACACACUCGCUGUGGCCCGCACAUCUUUCACCGUGAGCACAGACAAAGCAUUCCGCCACUUUCAGUAUCGGCCACUCUACAGCUGGGAUGAGUGCUGGGCCCGCACGCAGAGCUGGGUGAACACGUUCCCUUUAGAAACGAGCACUAAAAACACCUAAUGGAUAUUUCAUGUGUAAUGAAAAGUUUUCCAUGGUCAAAUUUUGAAUGAGUAAAAGGGAUUCUAUUAUUCAUGGAUUUCCCGUAUGAUGGUCAAAAAAGAAUGUUUAAAUGGAAAACAGAAAUGUGUCAUACUCUUUUGUGAUAGCUACAGCAAAAGGCUUGUGAGCUUGAGUGUACUGUAAUUUACAAAAUGUCAUACAAUAAAUGUACAUUUUUAUGUUUAAAACUAUUAGCCAAGAAACAAGUAUAGUUUUGUUAAAACUAAUAAUGCAUAAUAUAUUUAACAAUUGUUUGUAAACACAACAGUUAUGCACUUACCUAGUGCCAGUAGAAGGAUUUCAGCCAGACAUCCUUUCUGUUCCCAAAACAACAAACUUAAUUAUAGCAGUGACUCAACAUAACCACCCAUAUCCUCCCAGAAACUCAGAAAUUCCAUCACUGAAUAGGGAAAACCAUGCAAAAAAGGUUCACCAUGCGGCCAGAUGUUCCACAGCAGUUUCUAUUGUUAUGGUGUUUGUAUCAUAGCAACAAUGUAUACGUUAAUGGAAGUUUUUGUAAAUUGAUCAUAUACUUUGAAAAUAUUGCACCUUUAACCAAUGUGAUUUUAUUUAUUUGCUUGUAUCCACACAGACAAACGAUAGUAGACCUCUGUACACAAUCUAUAAGUUUUGAUUUGAAAUAAAUGUUAUACAUUACAGAAAUGUGUUUUAUU